GUGCCCACACGGAUAGAGCCUUUCGGGUUUGCGCGCUUUUGCGACUCAAACUUUCACCGUCCCUUUCUCGUGAAUAGGUCUCUGUAUCAGCUACACGACAUUGAGCAGAUAAUGAGAACGGACACGGUCGUAAGGAAACCGUUAGACAGGUUUGAGGAUGAUUUUCGAAGCUAAUAACAGUUUAAAUGUCACGUAACCAGUUAGCUUUAGCUUAACCUUUGAGUUUGUUGAACUCGCGCUUCAGCAGGGUAAUUUAGUUUUUGGCAAACUCUCUACCCACUUUCACUUUUAAUUACUGCAUUUGGUGAUGUGACUGUUCCGCUUCAGAAUCAGAUCGUAGCAAUCUGUUGACUCAAACAGGGUGAACUGGAACCAGAGUCCAAAGGUGGAGUCGCUGCCUCAGCUGGUGAAGAUAAGCUAUUAUCGGGUCAUUAUUCAGGCUGUACACAGGACCACUGUGAGAUGACCAUGAGUGUCUUGGGACGGAACUGAGAACAAAUAGGACAAACUUUCCUACGAUGGGGAGUCACAGGAACGGUUUCAGGAAGGAAAGCUUCAUUUUGUCUGUGGACAUAGGUACAACUUCAAUCAGAUGUCACGUCUAUGACAAGGAAGCAAAGGUCCGAGGAUCAUGCUCUACCAAGAUUGUUCUCCUCUAUCCGGAGGUAGGACAUGUGGAGAUGGACCCAGAUGAACUGUGGAAAGGGUUUAUCUCCGUGGUUAAGGGAGCCGUGCAAGAUGCAGGAAUACAAAUGCACCAGAUAGAGGCCCUUGGGAUCUCCACUCAGCGUGGUACCUUCACAACAUGGGACAGGAGAACUGGGGUUCCUUUCCACAACUUCAUCACCUGGCAGGAUCAGAGAGCUGCAGACCUGGUGAAAUCCUGGAACAGAUCCUGCACCAUGAAAGCAAUCCACGGUGCGAUGAAAGUCCUCUACUUCAUGACCAGGCAGAAACGGUUGCUUGCAGCGAGUGUCAUCGUCUUCUCCACUCAACAUGUCACCUUUCGCCUCGUCUGGGUCUUGAAACACUACAACCAGGUUUGUGAAGCAAUAGGUGAAGGUAACUGCUGCUUUGGAACAAUAGACAGCUGGCUCCUGUUCAAGCUCACAAAAGGACAUCUGCAUGCCACAGAUUACUCUAAUGCCAGUUCAACAGGAAUUUUUGACUCCUAUCAGAUGUGCUGGAGUGGGUUUCUCUCCUCUCUUGUGUCUUUGCCUCUUUCUAUUUUCCCCAAAGUAGAAAAUACAGGCCAUGACUUCGGUUCCACAGACCCGUCCAUCUUCGGCGCGUCCAUUCCUAUCACGUCAGUGAUGGCAGACCAGCAGGCAGCCAUGUUUGGAGAGUGCUGCUUUGAUGUGGGCGAUGUAAAGAUCACCAUGGGAACAGGCACCUUCAUGGACAUCAACACUGGGAGCAAACCACAUACAUCUGUAGUAGGUCUGUAUCCCCUGGUGGGUUGGAAGAUCGGCUCAGAGGUGGUGUACCUGGCCGAGGGAAAUGCAGCAGACACAGGCACUGCAAUCAAAUGGGCACAGAAGCUGGAGCUCUUCUCCGAUGUCCAAGAGACCAGCGCCAUGGCUUACAGUGUAAGCGACUCAGACGGAGUGUGUUUUGUUCCUUCCUUCAGCGGUCUGCAGGCUCCUCUGAAUGAUCCCAAAGCAUGCGCUUCCUUCAUGGGCCUAAAACCUUCUACGAGUAAAAGUCACCUGGUACGGGCCAUUCUGGAGUCUAUUGCCUUCAGAAAUAAGCAGCUGUAUGAGACAGUGCUGAGAGAAACCCGUAUUCCCAUCACAAAGAUCAGGGUGGAUGGUGGUGUUUCCUCCAAUGACUUCGUCAUGAAGCUGACCGCAGACUUGUUUGGUAGAAAGAUAACCAGGCCCCAGCACCAUGAAAUGUCCUGUCUGGGGGCUGCUUUUGUCGCUGGACUUGAAGUGGGUUUCUGGAGGACCCGUGAAGAGUUGAAAAGGCUGCAGUGUGUCGAUGAGGAGUUUUUGCCCCAGUGUGUGGACAAGGAGUGUGCCGGCAGCCCGAAUGGGGAGUACAUCCCCAUCCUCCAGAGCUGGGAGAGAGCUCUGCGGCGCUCCAUGAAUUGGUACAACAAGCCUUGACACUGGAUGUGCGCGCACACGCAGAGCACACGCAGAGCCCCUAGAGUUGAUCAAAAGGAAAAAUGGAGACGUGAGAUCUGACAGCAUUUGAAAGUAGACAGUUGAUUUUUAAACAUAAUUACUGUUUACAAAAUAACAACCAUUAAUUGUGGCUUAAUUUAAUGGUCAAAAAUGAAUCCUGGGCCACUUAUUUUAGGAAAACAUGGUACAAAGUUUGAGACUUGAUCCGCUGCCAGUCUUUGCCAGCAGUUACUUAGUUGCACUAGUGAACAUGACAGCAGAUUAUUUUUCUCUGAGGUUUGUUUUCAGUGCUAUUUGUUUGUCUGCAGGUUUGCGCAUUAACUACCUAGCUGAAUUUUCUGAAGUUUGGUGGGCAGGUGUAGCAAGGAAGGAACCCAUUCUGGACCACUUUCUUUAGAAGUGACAAAGUAGGGCAUUGGUCUUGGACCAACACACUGACAUAAUGCUACUGCACUGAUUGAAUACUGUUGAAGUCAGGUUUGUAUUAAAUUCACAUACCAAUGCAGGUCAGAUCCAAACCAAAGGAACCAUCAGCCACCAUUACUGUCGUUACUGCUCCUUUACUUGAUUUCUUCUCACACAGCAGCCUGAUCAGAAGAUUCUUAUUCAUUCCAGAUAGGAUGUCACUUGUGCUGCUUCAUAUUUUUUUUUCAGCACCCCCCCCAGCUGAAAUAAGAUUUUACAUUUUCCCACAUGGGGGUGCUGAUGGCCACCUUUCCAUCUUUUUAAGUCUUGAGGUCACCAUAGCAACCACAUGCCAAAUGUUCAUCAGGAGCCGCAGAGUAAAAACAUUCAUAUCAGAUUCACACAUGAGCCUCAGUUCCUGACACCUCAAGAUUCAAAAGACUGCGCAAAGGAAGCCCAGAUUCACAAUGUUUGAAAACUCAUAUCAGCUUAAUGUUUCUCUUUUCAUGUAACCUCUUCAUUAAGCAUAGUAUUCUUUUUUUUUUUUUUUUUUUUUUUUCAUUUCAAGAGGACGUUGGCCUCUUAAAGUCAUAUGUGUUAUCUUUUUUUUAACUUCAUCACUAUGUGAACUUGCCAUCAAAUUAUAUUCAGUGGCUAAACAUGAGAUGACAUGUAAAUAUGACUAGAACAAAAAAAAAACAAAUUGUACAUUUUUUUUCUUUAAAUGUGGGAAUUUAACUGGAGUUUAUGUUUAAAUGUUCUGUGUUUCAGAUUAGUCGAUGCAGUGUACCUCUUGAUUGGCAAUAAGAGCUGGGAAAAGUAUUAGAUUUGACUGUAAAGAAACCCAAAAUGUGUAAUUUUGUCCUUUUUUGAUGAUAUCUGUUAUUUUGUUAUAGGAGUGGGGGGUGAUCAAGGGUACAGAUCAGUCUGUGUCUCACAGUUAUUCUUUGUUAGUAUGGAGUACAGCCAUGCAGAUGUCAUAUGAUAAUGUUUUGACUCGAGCCUUGACCUCGACUUGAUGAACUCUGAUGACAUUGUUGAAAACUCUGAUCGUGCUGAAAUUGUAUGACUACCUAGACCUAAACUGUGAAUCUCUGUCUUGACUUGUUCUGCUCGCUGUGUAAUGUUCUGGUUCCUCGCAAAAUGAUACUGUGCAUAACUCUGAAAUUAACCCCUGCAAGACACAUUUCAGACCACGUGUGAGAUUUUUCUAACACUUGUACUUUCUGAAUGGCACCUGUCAUCCCAACAUGCUGGGGCAUAACAAAUGAAUACGUGUGUAAUUAUAAAUUUGCCUGAAAAUAUCAAGCACCUUUGUUGCUGGAAGGGGCUCCUAUUAAAAACCUGAAUUGUCA